GAGGGACAUGGAGAUCAGAAAAUAUUAUGACCUUAAGCACAUUGGUGAUGAGGGUCACGAUCACCAACGUCAUGGAGGCCAUACUUGAGUCGGCCUUUCAGUUAAUUCUGCAGCUGUAUAUUGUUGGGACGCAUUACACUGAGCUGGACCAGGUGGUGUCCCGCGCCAUCGCCUGUACAGUGUUCACUCUGGCACACACGUGGAAGGUGUUUGUGGUGUUGGGUGUACACUUUGUGAUGGUGCUGGUAUUUAAACUCAAGCUGGAGGAGAGGUAGAAGGCCGGCCGUCAGAGAGCCUGCGCACCAAGACAGCUGGAUUGUGGGUGAGGACAGAGUAUCCGAAAGGGUGGAGGGGGGCUGGCCAGUGUGAUAGGGGGCCUCACACCCUCCACCCAUUACCUGGUGCAGGUGACUGCUUACAACUCUGCUAGGAGCUACUCCAGGGCUACUCUACCACCAUCCCCCUUCCUGGAGGCCCCUCCUCCCCUGGGUUAGUGAUGCCCGGGGUGGCCACGACAGAUGUGAGGGUCCUGCUCCCCAUGGUUGCCUCCUGCCUCGCCCUGCUGGCCGCUCUUGUCACUGUUUGUGUUUGCGUCAGGAAGAAGCCCCCCAUGCCCCUCCAGCAGGUGUCCAGGGAUGGGAACAAAGUAGGUGUGCAGGAGAACAAGGAUAACCACAAACACAGGGAGCAGUUUUAUGCCACAGUGUGCAAGAUGUCACCCCACAGGGACCCCACUGCUGUUGACCGAAUCCCUGGUGAGUGGCAGGCAGGGUGGCAGAGUUAUGUGGGAUUUUAAAGGGUAACUAAACACCAGUGCAUCUUUACGUUCUUGUAUAAGUGCAUGGAGAGGAAAACAAAGUGUGCAGUGUAGGUUUAGCAAAAGUGACAGUCUCAGUUGUGUUUUUAAGGGAUAACCAAGCAGUGUCACAUCUUCAGGUCCUUCCUUCAGUGUUAGGGACAAGUUUGAUCCAUCAGGGAAGAGAUGGCAUGGCAUAUUUAUUUCAUUUUAUUUUUUGUCUGUAGAAUAAUUACACUAGGCUACGCAAUGACAGACAUGAUUCGUAGCGUUUGUAAAAGGCAGACGUGUGUUAUGGUGGCUGAAGAACCUGUGGGAAAAAAUUAACUGUUUCCAGGGAGGCAAAAAUACUGAAAAUGAACUAAAAAAUGUUGUUUAUAAGAUUUUAUGUGUUUUAUAAAUAUUUCCUGUGUGUGUGUGUGUGUGUGUGUGUGUUUGGGAAAGAGGUACACUGGAUAAAAUGGCAAUUCACUCCUUGAAAUAUUAUGUUACAUGUGACCCCAUUGAACUGCCUUAGCAUAAACAACCAUUUGACUUGUUUCCAAUGGUGAGAAAUAAGAUGCGAGAGAAACUUUCAGUCUUCUCAGCCUUCUGAUGACCCAUGACUGGUGGAGGGUUGGUGAGGGGCACACACACACGAGAAAAUCACUGCAGCGUAUCAGGGAGCAGGCAGAGACAUUAGAUAUUACAAGUGGUGUGGCAGACAGUGUUUAUGUCGUCAGCUGGCGGUGGAUGGGUGAGCAGCGGCCGGCCAGUUGGACUUAGUAUGUAGACAUCUACCCGUAUGCAACCUUCCAAAUGAACAACACACAACAACAUCAACAACAACCACAACAACAACAAGCAUCACAGCAACAACCAGUCACAGCCACCACAACUGCCACCACCACCACCACCACCAACAGCAGCAACAACCACAGCCAAAACAGCAACAACAACAACAACAAAAAUUAGGCCAGACACAGUGACCUUGCUUACAACAACAACAACAACAACAACAACCCCACCACAACCCUUCCCACAGCCACUACCAGCCAUGUAAGCAAGAGAACUCAUCCUUCAGGCCACGCUGGGUUCCUAACGACAGGUGAGGUGGAGCAGGCGGCCUCCUCCAUGCGCGAUGGAGGGCUGUCACUCACUGCCAGAUGUGUCGUCAGUAUUGAUGUCUUUCUCGUGACAUCCCGCCCGUGAGGCACUGAACAGAGGGCAUGCAGCGUGGUGUGCCCGGGAGGAGGCGCCAACGUGGAGGAAUGUACAUAUGCAACAACCGCAGCCACACUGCAGUACUCUUGGGUUAACCCGACGUCGAGGAGUUAAGAGCAAAGGAGCAGCAUGGUUGGG